CCCCACCCACCCCUCCCCUUCCGCGAGAUUUCGCCAAUUUCUCGCCCUCAAUUUCCCCACCAAUUCGCCAGCCUCCAUUCGCCUCGCCCGCGAUGAUGCUGGUCGCCAAGGAGUUCGGCAUCUCGCCGCCGCCAGCGGUGGCGCCGCGCCGGAGGGUGGCCUCGUGGGCCUUCGCUGCGCCCGGCGGUGGGGUGGGGGAAAACCUUUGGCUGCGGACGGUGGGAGGAGCCGCUUCCACCGCCGCCGAGGGGUUCGGGAGCCACAGCCACGAGAGCGACAUGGAUUUGGCGAUGCUCGUCAGCGACUUCCUCGAGAACGGCGGCAGCGGAGGCGGGGACUCGCGCGGCAGCAGCGACAGCGACUCCGGCCUCUUAGACCUCGCCCACCUCACAGAUAACAUCUCGAUGUACAAGCAAGGUGGAGAUGAGAAAGAAAAUGAGCUGCUCUCCAUGGUCCACUCUCUACUGUUCUCUAUCCAUGAGUCAGAGCUUCAGGCUUUCACAAGAGGUCAGUGCAGUGGCAGUUGCAUCCGCCAUUUACUUGUGAAGCUCUUGAGAUACUCGGGAUAUGAUGCGGCAGUUUGCACAUCCAAAUGGCAGGGGUUUGACAAGAUACCUGGAGGUGAUCAUGAGUACAUUGAUGUCAUAAUGAGCAAUGAUCCUGCAGGCCCAGAGCGUUUGAUCAUUGAUAUCGACUUCAGGAGCCACUUUGAGAUUGCCAGGGCAGUUGAUUCCUAUGGCACUCUGUUGAACUCGCUUCCCGUGGUCUAUGUUGGCACGCUUCCCAGACUGAAGCAGUUCCUGCAUGUGAUGGUAGAUGCUGCAAAAUGGUCCCUGAAGCAGAACUCUAUGCCCCUGCCUCCUUGGAGAUCCUUGUCUUAUCUCCAAGCAAAAUGGCACUCCAAGUAUGAGAGGAAAGACUUAAAUGCUGAGCAGGACUUCGACGGUACAGGUUCAGAUCAUGCACUGUGCAUUGGGCACCUGAAGAGGCUGAAAUCCUCUCUGCAGUCAGAACUUGAUACCGGAAGAUUGCAGAUGAUGUCAAUCAAAGCUGACAAGAAGAGGAUGCCAAAGUUUGAGAGGCGGCGGAGGCGUUCCCUUCUCAGUUGUUGAUACAUAUCUGCGCUCCUUGAAUACAGAAGAAUACCGAGGAAAAAGAGCAGUAGCUCGACAUUUCUCUCUUCACGAAAGGAAAGAAAUGAGGUUCCUUUUGCAGGUUUUGGAGUUUACAGAUAAGGUGAAAUAGGUGGUGGAUACUGACAGGUCAUGAGAUGAGAGUGGAGACAACAUGCCAGGAUUUUUCAAGAAGAAAAAUACAAAAAAAAUCUUUUUUGGAUUUGGUUUUUGUUCUUUCGGCAAAGAUGGAUAUGCUAGUGGUGAAUCUGCUUCAUACCCUGUACAAUUGAGAGUUACUACAAAAUUUCCCCCCUUAUUGAUUUUUUGGUCAUACAGUUGUUCCCUUUACCUUGUUCCUUUGAAGCACACUUUCUCUUUUUCCCUUGUAGCAGAGAGGUUGAUACACACUGUUGAUUCCCACUUUGUAAUUGUAAAAGUUGAAUCACACGCUGUAUUGGGAGAAAGAGAAAGAGUAUAUCUUUUGCUUCAUGUGCUUAUGAAGCAGAUUCUUCCCGUUACAGAAUUUAAUAUAUGUUUUGCUUA